AUGUCUAGCAAGCUACAGUUUGUCCUGAAGUCAUGGAGUGAUGCCAGAAAGCUGAGCUUCAUUGCAGUUGAUGAGGCCCACUGUGUUGAUGCAUGGGGCCAUGGUUUUCAUCCAGAUUUUCUAAAGCUUGUCAGCAUGAAACAUUUUGCUGUUCCAAUAAUUGCCCUGACUGGCACAGCCACACAGAAGGCAAUUUCAACAAUUGUGUCAACACUUGCAAUGGAUAUGCCAAGUGUUAUUAAAGUUAAAUGUGCAAGGACAAAUUUGUUUUUACAAAUUCAGAGCAAGAGUGAGAAACCUUUGAAUCAAGUUGCUGAUUUUAUUACUGCAAAUUGUCAAGGACAGAGGGGAAUUGUAUACUGUUCUCGUAGGAAGGACACAGUUGAUUUAGCACAUAAACUGAAGUUGGAGAAAAUUGAUGCUGUGUUUGUUCAUGGUGGUUUGCCAGACGUAGAUAGGAAAAAAACAUGA